AUUUUCUCCAAUCAAAUAAAAAAAGUCAAAAAUUUACAAUAGAACAACCAACUUCUUAAUGUUUUUCAUAUUGCCAACUUGGUACCACCCACAACCAAUCAUUUUAUACACAGCAAAAGCUCAAUAAUUCAAAGAAGAAGAAAAAAAAAAAAGAAGAGAGAAGAAGAGAAAAUAGCCCAAAUUGUUCUCAUCCUCCACAUGGGUUACAUGAAUCCACAUCCCUGGAUCCAGAUGGGGGCAUUGAAAUAGUCCUUUAGUGGCUCUAUGCAUCUAUCAAACUCCAAACCAUAAUUCCACACAAUUCUUGUUUCUAACCACCAUAUAAAGAUAUAGAUCUUCAGACAGCAAAAGCAUUGAAAACUGCUGCUAAUCAGAAGAAUGGGGGAAAGCUCAGAUACAAUCUCAGAGCCUGCAGCUGCAGCAACAACUCAUGUAGAAUUGGAUGGAGGAGAAGAUGAGCAAGACCCAGAAAGCAACUCUCUUCAUCAGCCACUGCUGAAGAGAAGCCCAACCCUCAGUGCAAGCCAUUUGGCCAUGGUUGGAGCAAAAGUGUCGCAUAUCGAGAGCUUGGAUUACGAGAUCAAUGAAAGCUAUCUCUUCAAGCAUGAUUGGAGGAGAAGAUCGAAUGUCCAAGUGCUUCAGUACGUGUUCGGCAAAUGGACACUCGCCUUCCUCGUCGGGCUCCUCACCGGAGUAAUCGCCUCCCUCAUUAACCUCGCGAUCGAGAACAUCGCGGGGAUCAAAAUGCUGCACGUCGGGAAGUAUGUGAGAGAAGAAAGGUACAUAACAGGCUUCGUGUACUUAACAGGAUUGAAUUUUGUUCUUACCACUGUUGCUGCGGCUCUUUGUGUUGUUUUCGCUCCGACCGCGGCAGGCCCCGGUAUACCAGAAAUUAAAGCAUACCUCAAUGGUGUCGAUACUCCGAACAUGUUUGGUGUAUCCACUCUGAUUGUCAAGAUCAUCGGAAGCAUAGGAGCCGUGUCAGCAGGGCUAGACCUCGGGAAAGAAGGGCCGCUAGUACACAUUGGUGCUUGCCUCGCCAACCUGCUGAGCCAAGGCGGAUCGGAAAACUACCACCUCAAAUGGCGAUGGCUUCGAUACUUCAAGAACGACCGCGACAGAAGGGACUUAAUCACGUGCGGUGCUUCAUCCGGGGUCUGCGCUGCCUUUCGAUCGCCGGUGGGGGGUGUUCUGUUCUCGCUGGAAGAGGUGGCCACAUGGUGGAGGAGCGCAUUGCUAUGGAGAACUUUCUUCAGCACGGCGGUGGUUGUGGUGGUGCUGAGGGGCUUCAUGGAGUUCUGCAAUUCCGGAAAAUGCGGCCUGUUUGGCAGGGGAGGACUCAUCCUCUUCGACGUAAGCAACGUCACCGUGACUUACCAUAUAAAUGACCUUCUUCCGGUCGCUGCAGUUGGCGUAAUAGGCGGACUACUCGGAAGCCUGUACAACCAUCUUCUCCACAAAGUUCUCAGACUCUACAACAUGAUCAAUGAGAAAGGAAGAUUGGCGAAGCUGGCGCUAAGCUUGAGUGUAUGUUUGUUCACUUCAAUCUGCCUUUACUUCCUGCCUUUUCUUGCACCAUGCACACCCUGUGACCCCUCCAUCCAAGAGGCCUGCCCCACCACAGGGAGAAGUGGAAACUUCAAGCAAUUCAACUGCCCGAGCGGCCACUACAACGACCUCGCGAGCCUCCUCCACGCGACGAAUGAUGAUGCGGUCCGCAACAUAUUCUCCACAUCCACCCCGACCGAAUUCCGCGUGGUCUCCCUCCUCAUAUUCUUCGUUCUUUAUUGCAUUCUCGGCCUCAUCACUUUCGGCAUUGCUGUCCCCUCUGGGCUUUUCCUACCAAUCAUCCUCAUGGGCUCAGCUUACGGCCGCCUCCUCGGCGUCGCGCUGGGCUCUUACACUAACAUCGACCAAGGCCUCUACGCAGUGCUAGGGGCGGCGGCUCUGAUGUCCGGUUCGAUGCGAAUGACCGUCUCUCUUUGCGUCAUCUUCCUCGAGCUCACCAACAAUCUGUUGCUUCUGCCGAUCACCAUGUUCGUGUUGCUGAUCGCCAAGACUGUUGGUGAUGCCUUCAACCUGAGCAUUUACGAGAUAAUACUUGAACUCAAGGGGCUACCAUUUUUAGAAGCCAAUCCUGAGCCGUGGAUGAGGAACAUCACAGUCGGAGAGCUGGCCGCAGCGAAGCCUUGUUUGGUGAGUCUUCAGGUCGUCGAGAAGGUAUCCAGAGUUGUCGACGUACUGAGAUCCACUAGCCAUAAUGGCUUCCCAGUUGUUGACGAAGGAGUGCCGUCCCCUACCAGAACGAAUGCAGCGGUGACGGAAGUACACGGUUUGGUUCUUCGGUCGCACAUUAUUGCAGUUCUGAAGAAGAAAUGGUUCUUGAAAGAGAAGAGGAGGACCGAAGAAUGGGAGGUCAGAGACAAGUUCACUUCGGUCGAUUUAGCAGAGAAAGGAGCCAGAAUUGAGGAGCUAGAAAUUACCGACGAAGAGAUGGAGAUGUACAUUGAUCUGCAUCCUUUUACGAACACAACACCCUAUACUGUCGUCGAGACCAUGUCGGUCGCCAAGGCCAUGGUGCUCUUUCGACAAGUCGGUCUCCGGCAUUUGUUGAUUGUUCCAAAGUACCAAGGAGCUGGGAUCACGCCAAUCGUGGGAAUCCUAACAAGGCAGGAUCUGAGAGCCCACAACAUCUUGAAUGCCUUCCCUCAUUUAGCGAAUAAGAGAGACGAAAAGAGAACUACCAGCUCCUAGACAAAAAGCCAGAAACAAAGGAGUAAGUAUCACUCGCCGCCUCAUAUUAAUUUUCUAUCUGUUAUUUGAUUAUAGCACUACAUUUUGUAUUCUUUCAGUGUUCAGUAUUAACAAUGGCUUGUGAAACCUCAUACUUGUACUAUUCCACACGCACUAUUUCGUCGAGGAGUGUAUUGAGAAGCAGUUUUGUUACACAGAAAACGGAAUUGUAUUCUUUGAGGGUUUUCUCUGAACUUAAAUGUGAGGUAUCUUUACUUUUACUGCUAUGAAUCCCAUCAAAUGACCAUGCCUAAGUGGUGGCAAAAUAUUGUGUUCCAUCAGCUUCGCAAAACAUAAAUGAGAACUAGAAAAAUGUUGACAAGUCCAUAUAGCAAUUCCUUUUUUU